GGGGGAGGGUGGGAGGAUGGAGGAGAAGGAAAAAGGAUAGCAUGGGUUGUAGCUGUCGUGAGUAAUGCAAAUGGUCAUUCUGACAAUAAGUAUAUCACAACCCGUUUCUCUCUUUAGUCCUUUUCUACCCAUGGUGGUGAAGGUAACAGGCGUGUUUACAAAUGUUUAAAGAAACACUAGGAAUGACCUUUACUCUGAAGCAAAACACAAGUUUGUGAAUGAUCUUCUGAGGGCUGGGUUCAACGGCACUCGCUUACAGCAGUUGAAGAGCUGUAUGAAAGUGGUCACAAGAUGUUUGCCUUACUUUACCUGGCAGCCUUCGUGUACUGUGUAUCUGGCCAAGAUCUUCUGAGCAAACUCAAGGGAGAUCGAAGAUACACCAGUAACUUUUCAAAAUUAAUAUGUAGCGUACCUGGUUUACCUGGACCAUCAGGUCCACCUGGAGCAAAUGGAACCCCUGGGCCUCAUGGACGCAUUGGCCUCCCAGGCAGAGAUGGAAGAGAUGGCAGAGCGGGUGAAAAGGGCGAGAAAGGCACCUCAGGACUCAGGGGCAAAAUAGGACGUGGAGGAGAUGUGGGCUUUAAAGGAGAUAAAGGACCAAUUGGUAAAGCAGGACUCAGAGGACAGAAUGGCCUUAAAGGAAAAACAGGACCACCAGGAACUCCUGGGCCUAGAGGAAACAAAGGACAGAAAGGUGACCCUGGGACAUCAGGUGUUUGUAAAUGUGGUAGUUUAGUGCUCAAAUCUGCCUUUUCUGUUGGCAUAACUACCAGUUACCCUACAGAGAAAACACCCAUUAUAUUCAAUAAAAUCCUUUUCAAUGAGGGUGGUCAUUACAUCUCUUCCUCUGGAAAGUUUAUCUGUGCCAUUCCAGGGAUUUAUUACUUUUCAUAUGACAUUACGCUGGCUAAUAAACAUGUUGCACUUGCACUGGUGCACAAUGGCGAGUAUCGUAUAAAAACCUUUGAUGCCAAUACAGGAAAUCAUGAUGUAUCUUCGGGAUCUACAGUCAUGUACCUGAAGCCAGAAGAUGAAGUGUGGCUGGAGAUCUUUGAUUAUGAACAAAAUGGUCUGUUUUCUGAUCCAAAUUGGACUGACAGUUUAUUUUCUGGGUUUUUACUUUAUCCUGAUGCUGAUUACCUGGAUGCAUUGGCAGAAGAUGAACUAUAGUAUGAUGAGGUCCAAAUAUUUCCGUUUUACUUCAAAAUCUUUUAUAAAGAUUUUAUAUAAGCUUUUGUGGUAAUUUGCCUUGUAGAAAUUACGUGAAUCGGUUCUCAUUCUCACUGAUGACUCCACCUUGCAAUUAGUUCAGAAUUUGACCAUCUGAUAAUGCCUACUCCUGAACUCUUUUUAAUCUGCUUUAAUUAGGAGUGAUGUAUCUGAGAGCAACUUUGAUGACAUUUCACAUAUCUAGCACAACUGUAUAGGAUAUAUGAGCUGCAUUCCAGUUUUGAACAGCUUAGACCUCUUCAAAGGCAUUGUGAACACUCCUGAUGUGUUGGUUCCAAUUCAGAACCCAACUCUUCUAUCACUAGUGGAAAUCACAUUUUACACAUUUUGACUGAUUCAAAUGAAAAAUUAUAUAUUUUUGAAGAAAGAUGACUUCACCCUAAUAAUACAUGUGGAAAAGCUGAAAGGUUAUUGUAUCACUGUGAACGUUUGGUUGCAUCUAAUUUAGCAAACCUGUUGAUGACUGAAAUUGUAAAUAUGCCACUUCUAAAAAUAUAAAGUUAUAUCAUCAGCUUGUCUUCUCUCAACAGAUUCAUACCGUGAAUUCUCUUCAUUACUUGUAAUUUUGUAAUGGAUUUGCAUAGUUUCUGGAACUCCUCAACUGUGUCAAUUUUUAUUCAUAUAUGGUUGCAUAACUAAAUGUUUUAUAAAAGCAAGACCAUGGAAAAGUUA